AUGACAAGAAUAUCUAGUUAUACUCUUAAGGUGAUCUUGGCAGCAUCAUUUGGAAGUAUUACUUACGGCUACGCUUCCGGAAUUGCAGCCGCAAUUGUAGCUCAGCCAAACUUUCUCAAGUAUUUUGAUUAUGGAAGAAGCACUAAUAUAGCUGAUGCUUUUAACGGCUUAUUUUCAGGUAGUGGGAUCAUCGGGGUGCUUUUUGGUGGUUUUGUCUCAGAAAAGUUUGGUCGUAAGCCAGCCAUAUUCACAGGUUGCGGAAUAGCGAUGCUUGGUGGGAUAUUAAUGACAGCUUCCGUUGCAUUGAGCAUGCUUUACGUUGCCAGGAUUGUAAUGGGAAUAUCUGUGGGAAUGUUGGUGAUGUUAAUUCCUCUUUACCAAACAGAAGUUGCUCCAGCUGAAGGUCGAGGGCUUUUAGUGAGUAUGCAUGGAGUCAUGAUAUUGCUUGGGUAUUCAUUAGCAGGAUGGAUCAACAUUGGAUUGUACUUUGCAAGCAUUAAAAGCAACUGGAGAGUUGCUUUUGCAUUCCAAAUUUUGUGGCCAUUGUGUUUGGCCAUUUCCAUGUGCUUUUUACCGGAGUCUCCUAGGUGGUUGGUAGAACACGAUCUAAUUGGUAAGGCUAGGUCUGUGUUUACUGUUCUUGAACCUCUGCUUACUGAUGAUGAAUUUGAACUACUUGUGUCGCAAAUUUCCAACGAAAGCAAGAGCGCAUCGUGGAAGUCGGUGAUUACUAUGAAAUCCUAUAGAAAGCGCCUAUUAAUUGGGUUACUUGUUAUGAUUGGGGGACAGGGAACUGGAACUGUUGCAAUUACAAAUUACGGCCCCACGAUCUAUGGAAAUCUUGGAUUUGAUAAUUUGCAGCAAUUAUACAUUGGAACCGGGCAAAUUACAAGUGGUAUCCUCUGGAACUUUAUUUCCGGCAUCUUAGCUGACGUACUCGGUAGAAAAGCCUUGAUGAUGAUAGGCUUCCUCGGUGCGGGCGUAUUAUCAAUGACUCUCGAGACAAUCAUGUGUGCCCUAUACGCUGGCACCAAUAACAAAGGCGGCAACUCCGCAGCAGUAUUUUUCAUGUAUUUGCAUAUUCUAUUCUAUGGAGGAACAACUGAUGCUACGACGUAUGUUUAUGUCAAUGAAAUUUGGCCCACACACAUCAGAUCGAAAGGUUCAGCACUUUGUACCACGGGCUUGUUCAUCGGCAUAUUGGCAUUUACUACCGGUGUUACUACAGCAAUGCAAAACAUUGGUUGGAAGUUUUACUUGGUUUUUAUUUGUAUGAGUUUUGUCAACUUCUUUCUACUUUGGAUUUUUGUUCCGGAAACCAAGAACCUCACCUUGGAAGAGAUCGGAGAGCUCUUUGGUGAUGUUAAUGCCGAUUCAAUUGACCACAAGAGUGUCGAAUCUCAUGCAUACAAAGAGAAUGAAAAACUGAAAGGGAUAGUACGGGUAAACUCAUUUGAGAAUUCCCAAACUUCAGUUUAG